UGGCUCGCUUCACUGCUCGCUUCACCUUGCGUAGUCAAGGUCAUUACAUGGGGUUGUGUGUGUAGGACUCCACGGACCUACUCGCUGGAACAAUGGGCCUUGAGCAGUGAGCAGGGUUGAGUAGGAGACGUCUGGCUAUCUGCUCCAGAAUAAUGUUUAAAUUACACCUCCGUUAAAGAGACCCUCCGUGAGUUCUAUUUCACUGGAGACUGACUGGGGAUUCAAGAUCAGGUAGGUCCUUGCGGGGUUGACCAAUGGCAUGUAUGUGUGCACGUGUGUGCAUACCUCUGUGGUUGCUUGUGUGUAUUUAUGUUUGGAAACUGUAUGUGCUUGUUUGAGAGAGCUGUACAGGAAGCAGGGGCCAAUUCUAAAUCACCAAGUAGAGGUAGUGGACAGAAGUCGCUACUAUGAUGAGUGCUUUGGGAGUAGUGGUGUGUUACAGUGCUAAUGCAUUAGCAAUCAUCAACAAAUAGCACAUUUAAAAAAAAUUGGGGUUUGGUAAUAAUAAUGUUUGGUGACAAGUAAAGUAGAACAGACAGAGAAAAAGCAAACAAAGGAUAAGUCAUCAUCAAGACAGUUUGAGUUUCAUACUCUUGUUUUUAUCUUUGCUUUAGGGCAAGAGAGAACUGUUUAAGCCCUGAGGCUAUGAUUUAAUUAGGGGUGUUUUCCGCCACACUAAUCCCCAACAAGGGGACCCCACAGGGGUGCGUGCUCAGCCCCCUCCUAUUCACCCAUGACUGCGUGGCAACGCAGGUCUCCAACUCAAUUGGCAAGUUUUCUGACGACAUAACAGUGGUAGGCCUGAUUGUCAACAAUGACGAGACCGCCUACAGGGAGGAGGUUGAGGGCCCUGGUGGAGUGGUGCCAGGAAAUUAACAAUUUUCAGAAGAAAGUACUUUGUUUCUUGACAUUUUGAGCCUGUAAUCAAAUCCACAAAUGCUGAUGCUCCGGAUACUCAACUAGUCUAAAGAAGGCCAGUUUUAUUGCUUCUUUAAUCAGGACAACAGUUUUCAGCUGUGCUAACAUAAUUGCAAAAGGGUUUUCUAAUGAUCAAUUAGCCUUUUAAAAUGAUAGACUUGGAUUAGCUAACACAACAUGCCAUUGGAACACAGGAGUGAUGGUUGCUGAUAAUGAGCCUCUGUAUGUCUAUGUAGAUAUUCCAUUAAACAUCAGCCGUUUCCAGCUACAAUAGUCAUUUACAACACUACACUGUGUUUCUGAUCGAUUUUUAUUCAUUUUAAUGGACAAAAAAAGGGCAUUUCUAAGUGACCCCAAACUUUUGAACGGUAGACAUUGCUCGUUCUGUAAUUUCAUAAUUUCUUUCUUUUUAGAUUUUUAGACUAUGUGUGUAUUGUCUUGUAUUGCUAGGUAAUACUACACUGUUGGCGCUAGAAACCCAAGCUUUUCGCUGCACCUGCGAUAACAUCUGCAAAUCUGUGUACGCUAAACUUUGAUUUGAUUUCUAUGGUGCAGACCAGAGUUAUGUUGUUUAUCUUGCUGGAAUCCUACAGGACAUAACGUGGCACAAAGUCAAGGGUUCUCUUUCGCCUGACAUUUCAAAGAUUUUUAGAGUAUGGCCCAAUGACGUGUCAGCAUAUUCCUUGUUGUUUUGAUCUAGACUGACUCUGGUUGAUUUUAGUUGAUUUUAGUUUUAGGAUUAUGUUGGAGAUUAAAGACCCUGUCCUCGAGAUCUCCAGAACAAGUCCUCCUGAGACAAUUUGUUUUGUCCUGGGAAAUCUUCGAUUGGCAUUGAACCAACUGAACCAGCCUGCACUGAAUUGUACUCUUUUACUGCCCCCAAGUGGUUGUAAAAGGGUACAACUUUGUUUGGAAAGUUAGAAAACGUCAUAUGUGAACUAGCUGCUACCAGCAGUGAACAGGCACUACCGUUACAACAAGUAGCUUUAUCUCUAUCCGCUGGACUCAAUGCUUCACUGCAUUUCCAGCAAAUGGAAGGGAGGGGCCCAUUGACUCUAUGUAUGGUAUAGGGAGGAACCCAGGACAUUCUUGUUUUGUACCAAACCCUCUUGAGAAUUGGGAACAUAUAGUUCUAUUGCUGUAGCAUUCCUCGUCUGAAUUAGCCUGUUUACACAUUCCCUUGCUGUAGUCAUGGAGCUGUCAAUCUCUCAACUCAUCAUUUAGAUGACACUUAAGAGGAGGUUUAGAUUGAUGUGCUUUCACAGUAGGCUACAUUGUCUUGACCCUUGUAAAAACAAAAUGGGGUCCAACCGCUCUCUGUGCCAUGGUCACAUUUGGGCCAAGGUUACAUCUUGCCAGGGGGCAUCUGCAGCAAAACCCCAUGGUAAUCAUAGAUUUUCUUCUCUACGGGAGUGAUAGCGUGAUGCGUGCCGUGUCAAUUCGCUCUGUUCAGACUGUAUAUGAACAGUGUAUUCUACAUAUUUAAACCAGGCUUACCGGGCUGUCAGAAACAAAUUGACACAUUAAAAACAACCUUUUGUUUUGAAUGUAAUGCAUACUAGUGUCAACUCUUAGAAACAAAACGCUAUCUGUAACUUAAAAGGUUUCUUUGGCGGUCCACAUAGGAUAAUCCUUUGAGGAACCCUCAUUGGUUCCAGGUAGAACCCUUUUGGUUCCAAAUAGAACUGGUUUGGGUUCCAUGUAGAACCCUUUCCACAUGAAACCCAAAUUCUACCUGGAACCAAAAAAGGUUCUCCUAUAGGGACAGCCAAAGAGCCCUUUUGUCAUCCUUUUUAUCUAAGAGUGCAGAAUCAUGUAAGCCUAAAGCUUUUCGUCAGUCUCGUUUGACAGCAGUCAAUGACCUAAGCGUACUGUACGUACCUUAUGGUACUUUGCAUUGUGUGAUCUCUAUGCUCAAGUGAAGUCACAUUCCAUGACAUGUUAGAACAGAACAAACGCGAAACUGUUUGCCUGAAACCAGGGAUAACUCCUCACGGCAUGGCUACACCCAUUCAGUCUGUACUCCUCUGUUUCGAUAGGGGAUGUUUUUGAUGUAGUGUGUGGAGCAGGGGAAGAGGCUGCUAUUUCCAUGCCUGUGUCACCCCCCCCCCCCCCCCCCCCCCAGUCAAAAAAAUACCCCAGGCUCACUUUUCCAAUUCCUGUUUUCUGUCGCUGCCAUCGUUUUUUUCUCCAUUGCCUUGUUCAGUCCCCUCUGGUGGAUCUGUCAAUAAGCCAGUCAUGACAAUGACACGUGGAAUUUUUCAUUACCUUUCCCCAGGGCACUAUAUAGUUCACUACCCAUGCCUCUUUUCCACUCUUGUUCACACCCUCUCUCUCUCUCUCUCUCGGAUUCUCUCUAUUUGUUCCUGUCCUGUUCAGACGAAGCCUGCUGUGUUCCCUAGCUGUCUGUACUGCUGUUUAGCGAGAAGUAGAGCUGUUUAGCAUUGAGCAGGACAACGUGUGACCACGUAGAACAGUCUAGGGCUGUGUGUAGGGCUGUAUCAGCAGGGCACAAGGGCUGUGUUGGGCUGGCAGAGGUAGGGCUCUCCCAUGGCCUACCCUCAGUGCCCAGCCCCUGGGUCCUACACCAUGGUCAUCAUCCCUCUCCGGAGCAGCCUCUACAGUCUUGACGCCCUACGCUUCUACCUAUGGAUUAAGAGGUUAAAGAACUUGGAGAGGGAGCAGGACUCUCUGUGGACCGGGCUGCAGGUUCUGGAGCGAGCCCGACUAUGGUACCGUCAUAGACUGGAGAACAACAGAUCCAGGCAGGCUAACGUGCGCACCGGGGCUGGAGCUAGGGCAGAGGUGUGGGGAGGAGAAGGGGUGUCAUCGUGCCUCCUGCGUUCUCAGAUCCAGAGGGUGAAUGGAUCUUUGGGUAGUCUGAUGAUUGAGCCCAACGUAACCAGCUGUCCCUCCUCUCCGAAGAGGGACGGGGUCGAGGUAUCAGACAGUGAGCUACGGUGGCAGAACAUGGUACUGGUACAGGAGGUGAGCGAGAAGAAUUUUCAAAUCUCCCUGUUGGAGCUGGAGAGAGACCGCCUUUUGCAAGAGCUGAGUGUGCAUCUAGGUGUGGAAGUGUAGUGGGCAUCCUGACUGAGUUAUUUGAGUUUGUACAUUGCCAUCAAGCCCAUUUCACUUUUAUCACACAUGAGCGCACACACGCGACUGAACACCACUUCAUAACUCUUCAACUAAAGUUAUUCCAAUCUAUGUCCGGAUUUCAUUGUCUCUCAUCACUGUAAAUAUGCUUGUAAAAUAAUAAUUCAAUAUACUGUAUGUACAAAGA